GGAAUAUCGCUGUCUUUCAAUGCAGACCGUCAAGUCUUCGGCUGAGACACGUUAACAGCAUAAUUUGCUGUUAUUCAGGUCUCUCACCUCAAUGACACUAUUCAGUGUUAUGUCUUGCAUUUUUCAUGCGAGAUUGUUUUCAUAGACUUUGCGGAGUGUGUGUUGGGUUUUUUUUUCUACAUAAAUUUGUACAUUUUAUUUUCUUGCCACCAUGGUGCUAGGAAAGGUAAAGAGCUUCAUUGUAAGCUAUGACUGUCUAAAUGACAGCAAUGUCCCUGUUUUCUCAAGCGGGGACUCCGUCUCAGGAAGAGUUAUUAUCGAAGUCACCGGCGAGAUUCGCGUCAAGUCCCUUAAAAUUCACGCCAAAGGAUUUGCGAAAGUUCGUUGGACAGAAUCGCGAAAUGCUGGAUCCAACACUGCCUACACGCAAAAUUAUACAGAAGAAGUGGAAUAUCUGAAUCAUAGAGACAUCCUUAUUGGCCAUGAACGAGAGGAUGAUAACUCUGAGGAGGGACUUACCACUAUUCAUUCAGGAAGACAUGAGUAUGCAUUCAGCUUUGAGCUUCCACAAACACCUCUGGCUACCUCGUUCGAAGGGAAGCAUGGCAGCGUGCGCUACUGGGUGAAGACUGAGCUGCACAGGCCGUGGCUUCUGCCCAUGAAGACUAAGAAAGAGUUCACAGUCUUUGAACACAUCGACAUCAACACUCCUCUCCUGCUGUCCCCACAGGCAGGCACUAAAGAAAAAACACUUUGCUGCUGGUUUUGCACCUCAGGUCCAAUCUCCUUAAGUGCCAAAAUUGAACGGAAGGGUUAUACUCCAGGAGAGUCCAUUCAGAUCUUUGCUGAGGUUGAAAACUGCUCCUCCCGUAUGGUUGUGCCAAAGGCUGCCAUCUACCAAACGCAGAACUUCUAUGCCAAAGGGAAGAUUAAGGAGAUCAAGCAAUUGGUGGCCAACAUCCGAGGAGAGUCGCUUUCUUCUGGCAAGACGGAGACAUGGAAUGGGAAGAUGUUGAAAAUUCCCCCUGUGUCCCCAUCCAUCUUAGACUGCAGUAUCAUCAGAGUGGAGUAUUCACUCAUGGUAUAUGUGGACAUCCCAGGAGCCAUGAACCUUUCUAUUAACCUGCCUCUGGUGAUUGGCACCAUCCCCCUCCACCCCUUCGGUAGCCGUACCUCCUCUGUCAGUAGCCAGUGCAGCAUGACCAUGAGUUGGUUAGGCAUUGCCCUCCCCGAGAGGCCUGAAGCUCCUCCAGCCUAUGCAGAGGUGGUUACAGAAGAACAGCGGCACAGCUGUCUGGAAGUGCCCUCAGGGCGGGAGAACUUUGAUGGCCCUUUAUUCGCCUACAUCCAGGAGUUUAGAUUUCGGCCCCCUCCACCCUACUCUGAGAUUGAUCCACAUCCAGAUCAAUCCACAUCAACCAUGGAGCAGAGACUCGAUAUCUGCCCAUCACGCUGAGAAAUGCAUGGCACAAGUCCAAAGCAGUUGGACUUUAGGAGCUUUCGGUUUUGUUUAUCUCCUGGUGACAACGAUUGUUCACUAUGCUGUCACCACUGAGAGAAAACAUGUAUGGGGAAAAUCCAGAAGUAAGGGUGCAGGAAGUAACUCAAAAUACUUCACUUCCAACCCGGAGAGUCACAGUCACAAAGUCUUGUCUGUGUCGAAGCCCAAGAAUGGAUGCACCCUUGUUGGACAGCAGAGCUUUGUCAAACUAGUUACUUUGCUCUAGCUUUUCUGUUAAGGCUGACAAAGAACUUGCAGACCUUUUCAGAGACCCAAAGAGAGGCAAACACUACAACCAUAGCCAUUCACAGUACAACUGAGAGAAACCUAUCAUUCCCUUGCCUCAGUUUUGAUUUUUGCACAUUUCUGUUUUCUUUGCUUGAGUUGUGUGACUCAGUUUUAUAAUCACGGAUUGUUUUAUUUUUAGUUCUCAGCCUCUUGCUACGUUCGACUAAGUGAUUGUAGGCUUAAAACAUAGUCGUGUUUAUCUGCACAAUGUAUGAACAAUGCAGAGAACAGAUUUGGAGGAAAAACAGACUGGAAGGACUGAUGUAAUGCACUGAUCUUUUUUAAGCUCUAUUUAGGGCGUUUGUUUUUUUCAUUAAUUUUGUUUCCUUACAGACACACACAGUAAUCUGUGCUUGGUAACAUGUUGUCUGAAAGCUAUUUGUAAUGUUGCCUCGUAACCCGAGUAUAGAUUUUGCUUUAUUUUCUGCUGUUCACAAGGAUAUUAUUUUAGAUUUUUAAUGUUGAAUGCCUUUAAACCAAUCAUCAUGGUUUGCUUGGUGUUAAAAGUGUUGCACACAUUUCUUGGUAGAUGAGCAACAGUCCAGCUCUUGCCACUCGUGUGUGCUCAAGAGUGAAGAGAUAAAACAGGGUGGGGCCCAGCCAGGCUGCCUGAAGUGUUUGUUGCCUUUCUGUUUAAUGUCUAUAGCCUUGUAGGCUUCUAUAUAGCUCUACCUGAAAAAAGCACUCAGUCUCAGGUGAUCGCUUCGUUUGCCAAAUAAUGUAAACAAGAAAUGGUGUAGAGUAUUUUUCAAUUGAACUUUUUAAGAAAGUAGACUAUUGAAGAAAAUCAGAUUCAAUAUUAAAAAAAAAACAUUCAAUAAGAUAUGCAUAAAGAUACAAGGCAGCUUUCAAAGACUUAAUGGCGUUCCCUUUUUGUCCUGCUGCACGUGAACCGACCAGUGUAGCUAGAUAUGACAGAGCAGCUGAAUGAGAAAUUGAAAGCACAAUGUCACAAAAGCUUUAAAAGCCAAGCUGCAAAGAAAGAAGAGGAUUCUGGAUUUUGACUCAAGUCAUGUCCAGAGAUAUCCGUAUCCAGUUGAAAUGAGUCAUACAUUUGUUUUAAAAACUCAUUCAACUACAAAGUUAGUCAGAGCCUGUAUGGCCUUACAAAGCACUUUUUACUUAAGUGAAACUUAAGUGAAAAAUUUGCUUUUAUCUGGUUGAGGUCUGGAAAAAUGUUGGCAUUCAACCAUUUACCAACAUAGAUGUUUCCAGCAGUGUUUGACUUGUUGAGUGAGUCAUAUCAAGUGAGGGAGUUGAUGAUUCAGCAAGUUUGUGGAGCACUGCACUUUGGGCAUUAACAAAGUGAAGUGGUCUUAACAUAGUUGCCUUGAUUAAGAACUGACAUUAACAUGCUUUAUCAUCUAUUUUAGCCUCACUAAUCAUAAUUGUAUUGUCUUUUAGUCUUAGCAUAUUUAGUUGAGGACAAAAGGGUAAACCAAAACGUCCUUCAAAGCGAGGGUUGAUCAUUUGACAUGCCACUUUUGAUUUUAAUGGGUAAAACUCUGUUCAAAUAUUGGAUCUGAUGAUGGAUAUGGUCAUUUAGUGUUUAUUUUACAGACAAACAAGCUAAAACAGUUCUGGUCAUCUUGUCUCAAUUAUUAUGGGAACAAUAGCUGUAGCACACCUCUAGAGAAAUGGGUAGUCCAUGUACUGAAGAGAUAAUUAAACAAAAAGAAAACAAGCUGCUUCUCAUUAGUAUUUAUAGUUUGAAAUUGAACCAACUGAUGAAAGGAUAAGCUUAAACACAAAAAGGACAAGUGCUUCUUUUUGUGCAUGGCCAAUUCCAUUGUACUAUCAAUGCUUGGCCUUCUGUGUAGUCCAGUGUUAAAGCUAAACUCUUGACUCUGUCAAGAAAGACCUGUAGUCUGAAUAUGGUAUGUUUUAGUGCAAUAUUUCUUGUUUUAGUUUAUUUUGUUUCAAUGUUUUUUUAUUGUCCUUUUUAUUUCAGUGAUCAUUAUGAAUUAAUGUUCAUAAUGGUUUUAACUAUUGUCUUAGUUCUUUCUUUGAAAUAAAUAAACCUCCCAGAA